AUGGAAGGAUCCAGCGGGUCUAGUUUUGGAAUAGACACUAUUUUGUCCACCACCAAUUCUGGUAACUCUGUACUAAUGAACGGAGAUUUUCGCCUCAGUGACAGCAGGACAGCGGAUUUCAGGAGUCAAGCGACCCCCUCACCAUGUUCGGAGAUAGACACAGUAGGAACAGCCCCCUCGUCCCCAAUUUCGGUUACCAUGGAGCACCCCGACCCGCAUCUGCUGCAAGACAGCCUUCAGCAUCAACAUCACCACCACAACCAGGCGCAAAGUUUGCAGCUCUCCCCCCAGCCCCAGCAGCUAGGGGCGGCCGGUUGUGCUCCGAGGACAGCCACUUCCUCAUUUUUAAUCAAAGACAUUUUGGGCGACAGUAAACCGCUCGCAGCAUGCGCACCUUACAGCACCAGCGUCCCGUCCCCUCAUCAUACCCCUAAACCGGAGAGUGCCACGGCUGCGGACGGUUUCAGGCCAAAACUGGAGCAGGAUGAAAACAGAAACAAGUUGGAUAAAAGGGAUGACCUACAGAAUGACAUAAAAUGUAACGGAACGAAAGAGGAAGGUGACCGGGAAAUCUCGAGUUCCAGAGACAGUCCACCGGUUCGGACGAAAAAACCUCGCAAAGCUCGCACGGCCUUUUCCGACCAUCAGCUCAACCAACUGGAGCGCAGUUUCGAGCGCCAAAAAUACCUCAGUGUGCAGGAUCGCAUGGACCUCGCGGCAGCCCUUAACCUCACUGACACGCAGGUGAAGACCUGGUACCAAAACCGACGGACGAAAUGGAAGAGACAGACAGCGGUCGGAUUAGAACUCUUGGCUGAAGCUGGAAAUUAUUCCGCCUUACAGAGAAUGUUCCCAUCGCCCUAUUUCUACCACCCGAGCUUAUUAGGUACCAUGGACAGCACGACGGCAGCUGCUGCUGCGGCUGCGAUGUACAGCAGUAUGUACCGGACUCCGUCGACGCCGCAUCCCACUCUUCAGAGACCGCUUGUCCCAAGAGUACUCAUUCAUGGCCUUGGACCAGGAGGGCAACCCGCACUAAACCCUCUGGCAAACCCCAUUCCCGGUACGCCGCACCCUCGGUAA